CCUCGGGACUGUUCAUUAGUAGAUAAGAUUAUCUUGAAAAUCAAAAGAUUAUUUCAAGAUUAACAGCCUGCAAGUACAUAAUUUUGUGAAUGCUGUAGUGGUUUUAGAUCCCAAUGACAUGUUAAGCAGCUGAAUACAUCAUGUAUUUAAAAGAAUAUAGAAUAUGCAUGCCAUUGUCAGUUGAAGAGUAUAAAAUUGGUCAGCUGUAUAUGAUUGCAAAGCACAGUCAUGAACAAAGUGAACAUGGAGAAGGUGUAGAAGUGGUUAAGAAUGAAGAAUGUGACCACGCCAAACAUGGGAAGGGAAGAUUUACAGAGAAAAGGGUUUAUUUGUCCAGCCGAUUGCCUAGCUGGAUCAGAAGUAUGAUCCCCAACAUAUUCUACAUCACAGAGAAAGCAUGGAAUUAUUACCCUUAUACAGAAACAGAAUACACAUGUUCAUUUGUACCACUAUUUAAAGUAUAUAUAGAAACAAGAUACGAAAAUAAUAAUGGAUCAAGUGAAAAUUGCGUAGGUUUAUCUGAUGAAGAUUUAGAAGUCAGAGAAGUAGAACAUAUAGAUAUAGCUUUAGAAGACAUUCCAGAGAAAAAUUUUAAGAAAGAAGAGGAUCUAAAAACCUUCAAGUCUACAAAAACAGACAGAGGACCAUUGCAGAAAGGAUGGAAGGAUACUAGCAAACCAAUAAUGUGUUCGUAUAAAGCUGUUAAAGUUUAUUUUGAAAUGUGGGGAAUGCAAACAAAAGUUGAGCAGUUUGGACAAAGGUCAAUAAGGGAUAUAUUAGUACUUGGACACAAGCAGGCAUUUGCAUGGAUUGAUGAAUGGAUAGAUAUGUCCAUGGAAGACUUGAGAAAGUAUGAAACUGAGACAAAUGAAAAGACAAAUGCUAAAGUUCUCAAUCAAUGAUAUUUAGAUUUAGUUUGUUAUAAUGCAAUUACAGACCUCGGAAGUAUUAAAUUCCUAUUUGUGUGUAACACUGUUCUAUAAUGUUGUUUAAUAUUGAGGAUUUUUUUAUUUGUCUAUAUUGGUUUAUCUUUCAGAAAGAGUGCUGAAUAUUCAAAUCCAUUCAUUACAAGCCUUUAACCAAGAAAUAAUACCACAGAUGCAAUUAUCAUAAUUUUUUUUUAAUUUUUACAUACUUUUAUAAUGCAUGUGUACAUGUAAAAACUGAAAAUUAAAAUCAAAAUUAUUCAAAACCUAAAUUCAAAACAAAACUAGAUGUACUGUGUAAAGCUUGCAGAUUUUCUUGUGCUCCAACACAUUAUAAAUUUUAAUAAAUGGCUAUCUAUGCAUCAUAUAAAAAACCUCCAAAACCAUUGUGAUAAAAUAAAAUUAUAGGCUGUGCCAAAUGGCAUCAUAAACUAUAAUUUUGUAAUUUUCUUCUUCCUUGGAAAUCCAGUCGUCUUCUAUGUAGAUUGGAAGGUCUUCAGGAAAGAGAAUAUGAAAAUUAUGAAUAAAUAGGAAAUGUAAUUGCAAUAUGCAAUGAAAUUCUACAAAAAACAUUGAAAUCCAUUCUCUGAUUAAAGGGGAGAUAGGGGAGAUAACAAUAGGAAUUGUUUUAAGGGGAGAUAUCAAUAGGAAUUGUUUUAAGGGGAGAUAACAAUAGGAAUAUCUAUUCCUGGUAUAUUAAAAUAGCUAUGUAUUAAUUUGAACUUGCUGAAGUUAAUUAGAUACAAGAUGUAGCAUGUGACACUUCUCUCCAUUUUUAUACCAAGGGCUCUUAGGCAAAAAUUUUGCACUUGCAUCUUUUUCAAAGAAUGAGACAAAAGGGAGAAUACAAGCUAUGUAUCUGAAAAGAUGUCACAAAGUUAGACUUACUAACAAUGACCAACAGAAGCUUGGUACUGAAUAACACAAAAGUGCUCUUGUGUCUUAUGAGAAUGCAAAUUUCCAAAAGGAUUCACAGACAGACUAAAGGAUAAUAGUAAACUAGAUAUAAAAAUGGUGCACAUUGUUUUUUUUUUUGUAAAAACAAUAAUGAACUGCCACACCUCACAAUGUUUGUCAUAAUGAUUUUUUUCUGCAAUAUGUCUGACAUUUGUUAAACUUCCCACUGCAAUAUGCAAUAGAUGUUAUAAAAUAUGUUUUAAAUGAAUUGAUAUCUGAAAAAAAAAAACCUGAAAUUAAACUUAUCUUUAGAAAAUAGUAACCCACCAUAAUUUAUCAGAUUAAAUGUUCCAUAUUUAGAUAGGGGGUACAUGUAAAUACUUUUUAUUGUCGUUGAUUGCAAAAUGGGUCAACUUGAAUGAUACAGAUACAUUAUUUUCUAUAUCUUCUAUACUAUAGUGACUAUAGAUAUGAUAUAGAUAAUAUAUAUUAUACCAUGUAUGAGAUACAGAAAGUAUAUACUCUUCUUCUGUAGGUAAUAUGUAUUCUGUUGUUUUACUGUAGAUUUAUGAGAUAUUCAGAUAAUAUAUGUUCUACUGUAACUAAGAUACAGAUGAGUCUUAUGCAUGUUACUUUUUCAUUGUGAUUGUAUUGUUUAUCUGUUAAUGUCUUGUUCUACUGUAGAUAUUAAUGAUAUUCAGAUAAUAUAUGUUCUACUGUAACUAAGAUACAGAUGAGUCUUAUUUUUUUAUUGUGAUUGUAAUGUCUUGUUAUUCCAGUAUGUGUAUUUGCUCAUGUCUAUUGUUGUUCUGUAAUUAAACAUUGUGUAGGACUCAUGUACUAAGAUCAAUUAGGUGUCUUUUGUAAAUUUAUGUAUCAUAAGAAAUCUUUCUUUUUUCAUUUUUUUUCUAUAAUAUAAAAAUUGAAAUUAUCCAUUUUAUUCCUAUUGUACACUGGUUAUAAACCUGUGUAUUAUAAGGAAUAGAAUUAAAGUCAUAUAAGUGCUGAUAUACAUUUUGAGCUUCAGUCAGACCAUUUUUAAAAUUGAUUUCAAUUGUAAAUAAAUGAAGCAACUUUUUUUUAGCAAUAUCAAAAGUCUAUAAAUUAAAAAAAAACUCUGAAAACUUUCUCUUUUUUUGAGAACUAUUAAGUUAUGAUGUGUAUAUUUUAUCUUUUUUUAUUAUAACUUUCGUUUCAUUUAUCUUGGGAACUUCUGUUUACCUCUUCUUUAACCAACUGACCACACUGUAGAUUUAACCAUCAUAUUUUUAUAGCAAACUUUCAAAGGGAUUACAAACCUGUGUUUGUAGAAACUUUUAACAUUGUUAAAACCUUUCAUGUUUGUAUAUUAAAUGUCACUCUCAGAAUUUUUCUUAUUUUCUAUUAUUUAUACAACCUACUUCAUUUAUGAUAGUGUUUUAUUUUUAUUAUACUCUAGAUUUAUUAUUAUUCAUUUUGCACUAGUUUUCCUGGAUUUUGUUGGAACCUAUGUAUUUAA